AUGGCACAAGUAAGAAUUCUCGAGGAAGUUCUCCCGCACACACAAACACGCACCACCUCCACCGACGAGGCGCGGCAGCCGGACUUCCAGCUGCUCCGCCGGCCCGGCCCGGAGCCCGGGAAUACUGUUUACGGAGAGGGAGGGAGCAGCGGCGGUGCCCCGCACACCCCUCUCGGCUGCAGGGCUGCCCGCGCCCCUCGAGUGCCCGCCCGCCGUGGGGGAGCCCCUGCCCGCGGGACGGGACGCAGGACACGGCGGCCUCCGCCCGCCCUCGGCUGGGCGGCGCUCCCGCGCUCGCGUCACCGCGCCGCGGCCGGGCCGGGCCCUCAGCCCCCGGGCGGGGAGGCGGCGCCGCGCUCAGUGGGAUGGCGCUUGCUGCAGGGAAGCCGUGCCAGCGGCCAGAGGGCAGGCACAGCGCGGCACAGCUCUCCUGUGGGGCGGCAGCACCCUCGUCACGGAAGCACAGAAUAUUCUGAGUUGGGAGGGACCCACAAGGAUCAUCGAGUCCAACUCCUGGCCCUGCACAGCAUAUCCCCAAGAAUCACGCCAUGUGCCGGACAGCGUUGUCCAAACGCAUUUCGAACUCUGUCCGGCUCCACCGGCACUAGAGAGGCGGAGGGCACCAGGGGUUUGACAAACCUCUUCCCAGUCGGGAAGCGGAACCGCUGCCGUGCGGGCGGAUGCUGCUUCCUGCCCCCGCUCUCACCCGAAAGUCGGUGUGGGCGACAAGGGAUUCUUGUGUCUCACAAAUCUCCGUCUGUAGGAGCUGCGGUUGCAAUGUGGGAGACUCACACAAACAUGCUGCAGUGACACUGACACUUCUUCCAAGCAGGGAAAGGAAACAAACUGCAAAAUAAAAAUACUCUCAUGCCUCCCAAAUAUAAUUACCUAAUAUGCCACUGGUAUCCAGACCAAAAAGACUAGGAGAGGAGUGUGCUACGUUGGUUGUGCUCACUUCAUAUCUUAAGACUCUGCUCAUCAAGAUGGCUGUGGACAGAACCCUGUAAAUGCAAAGAAUUCUACCGAAUUAGAUGGCAAAUCCUUAUAUUAUUAAAUUUCAGCAGUUUGUCAGGGUCAGGUGUAGUUGGCUCUGCAAAACUUCCCAGCCUCUGAAUUGAUAAAGCACACCAUCACUUGAUGGGAUUGUAGAAGUCCAAUCUGUGUUAGGACUCCAAAC